AUGUCUGCCCUUGUCGCUGAUGUUAACGAAUGUGAAGUGGACCAAGGCGGCUGUGAGGGCUUCUGCUGCAACGUCAUCGGCAGCUACUACUGCAAGUGUCCGGACGGGAGGAGGCUGGGACCAGACGGCAAGUCCUGUCAGGAUGUGGAUGAAUGCGAGGAGAUGAAUGGAGGAUGCCAGCAGACCUGCGUCAACACCCCGGCCUCGUACCACUGUGAGUGCAGCGAGGGCUUCCGCAUGCACUCUGAUGGACGCACAUGUAUCGCUCUUAAUUCCUGCUCGGUUCUGAACGGCGGCUGUGAGCACAAGUGCACAAACCUGGGGAAUAAUCAGUACAAAUGCGAGUGCCGAAAAAACUACCAGCUGAAGCGAGACGGACGCCACUGUGAACUGAGAAACCCGUGUGCGGAGAGGAACGGAGGCUGUGCCCAGACGUGCCACUCCCAUGAAGGGCAGGUGGAGUGUGGCUGCAGACCGGGCUUCUCUCUGGCUGCGGAUGGAAAGAACUGUGAUGAUGUGGACGAGUGCUCCUCAGGCCAGCAGAAGUGCUCUCAUGGCUGUGUGAACACCGUGGGCUCCUUCAGCUGCAUGUGUAACCCCGGCUUUGAGCUCGGAGCAGACGGGAAACAGUGUUACCGCAUUGAGAUGGAGAUUAUAAACAGCUGUGAGGAGAACAAUGGCGGCUGUUCUCAUCAUUGUGAACACACCACCAACGGGCCCCACUGCUCCUGCAACCAAGGCUUCCAGCUCGCAGAGGACCUCAAGACUUGCAUCGACAGUGAUGAGUGCUCCAGCGGCCAGGCCUGUUGCAGCCACUUCUGCAGGAACUACCCCGGCGGUUAUGAAUGCAGCUGCAGAGCGGGACACACUCUCAACCCAGAUGGCUGCGGCUGCGAUGAUGUUGACGAGUGCCUGGCGGAAACCUCUGGAUGUGAGCAUUACUGUGUCAACACUCUGGGCACGUACGAGUGCUUCUGUCGACAAGGCUUCCGCUUGGACCAGGACCAGCACUCCUGCAUCUCUCUUUAUGCUGAACUGGAUGAAGAAGAGGAGGAUGAAGAGGAGGAUGAAGGACAGGUGCCAGUCCUACCAGAACUCCUGUUUAGAAAUGCUCCUCAGCUCCUGCACUACACUUCUGCCCUCCACACUGGAUACAGCAACGACCAGAGCGACUACAGCGAUGAAGACGAGGAGAGGGAAGGUCAGCGAGAGCGCCGCGGGGAGCUGCGACUCAACAGUCAAAUAGUGUGUCUCGAGGGCUCGUUUGGAGACGACUGCAGUCUGAGCUGUGAGGUCUGUCUGAACGGAGAGUGCAGUGAUAACAAAGAUCGGUGUGAGUGCUCUCCAGGAUGGACCGGGACCAUCUGUAAUCAAACUUGUCCAUCGGGGACGUAUGGGAAAGUGUGCAACAGUCUGUGCCGCUGUCAGAACGGAGGCUCGUGUGACCCUGUGACCGGGAAGUGUGGGUGCCCUCCUGGAGUCCAGGGCGUGUUCUGUGAGGACGGUGUGUUUAUACAUUCUUUACACUUCUAUACAUGA